UCAGGGGUUGACUAUUUCCGGAUUCGCGCACAGUCUACACGUGUUUACGAACACUGGCGUACUUCUCCGUGCACACUACUGAAGCUCUGUACAAGCAGGUCUACACAAAACAUUUGGGUUGUUUUGAAGUAUCACUCACCCCAUCUUCUGCUACUGACACCCAAGCACCAGGAAUCAGCAAGACACAAAGCCUUUUUGUGUGAAAGGAAAGCAAAUUCCUUUCAAGUCCUUCUUUUGUAAGCUCUUGGUCCCUAUGGCGGAUGCAGAGCCCAUGCAGGUCCCUGUCCCUGGGGGAGAGAAGAGGGCAUGCCCUGCACUGGAGGAAGAGGUGGACCACAGCAGCAAGAGACCACGAGUCCAGAAAGAUGAGAAAAAUGGGGGCGGGCUCUCUCACAAUCUCCCCCAGGAUGAGGGAGAGGGCUCUGAGGCAGAGGAGCCAGAGCUACUGGAGGAGGAUGGAGAGGUGGAAGCGGUAGGGUCAGGCGAAGCCUUCGCCGAGAUGAUGAAGCACGGCCUCACAGAGCUCGACGUGGGCAUUCUGAAGUUUGUCAGCGAACACAAGGGCUUCUCUGGGAUUCUCAAAGAGAGGUACUCUGACUUUGUGGUGCACGAGAUCAACAAAGAAGGCAAGAUUGUGAGGUUGGAUGACCUCUCUGUUCCAGAGGAAGUGGAGGAGGUCCCAGCAGAGCAACCAGACCAGACCGAGUCCCAGGUUCUGACAGAGGAACAGAAACAAGAGAUGGAGCGGUUGCAACAGUUUAAGAACAAAGAGGACAGUGUCUCCAUAGAGGUGGCGGAUUACACGAAAGAGAAACGGACCCUUGUCCACAAAGCUAUCAAGACUCUUUUCCCUGGACUGGAGACCAAGACAGAGGAGCGGGAGGGAAAGAAGUUCAUUGUGGCUUACCAUGCAGCUGGGAAGAAAGCCCUCGCAGCCCCCAGGAAACACUCCUGGCCUAAGAGCCGUGGGGCCUUCUGCCAUUUUGUCCUCUACAAGGAGAACAAGGACACCAUGGAAGCCAUCAACGUGCUCUCUAAGUUCCUCAGGGUGAGGCCCAAUGCGUUUUCCUACAUGGGGACGAAAGACAAGAGAGCUAUCACUGUGCAGGAGAUUGCUGUUCUCAAGAUCACAGCAGAGAGACUGUCUCACCUCAACAAGUGCCUUGUUAACUUCAAGCUGGGAAACUUUUGUUACAAGAAACAUCCUCUGAAAUUGGGGGAACUUCAGGGCAAUCACUUCACUGUCGUCAUCAGGAACAUCACAGGAACAGCUGAGCAGAUCCAGCAGGCCAUGACCUCCCUCAGAGACACAGGCUUCAUCAACUACUACGGCAUGCAGCGCUUCGGCACCACCGCCGUACCCACAUACCAGGUUGGCAAGGCCAUCCUGCAAGACAACUGGAACGAAGUGAUCGAUCUGAUCCUGAAGCCUCGUCCUGGAGCGGAGAAGGGCUACCUGGUGAAGUGCCGUGAGGAAUGGGCCCAGUCCCAGGACCCAGAGGCGGCGCUGAAGAAGCUGCCGGUCAAGCGCUGCGUGGAGGGCCAGCUGCUCCGAGGCCUCUCCAUGUAUGGCAAGAAGAACAUUGUCACGGCAUUCGCUAUGAUUCCUCGUAACAACCGGCUGAUGUACAUUCACAGUUACCAGAGCUUUAUGUGGAACACCAUGGUCAGCAGGCGCAUCGAGGCCUUUGGCCUGAAGGCUGUAGAGGGAGAUCUAGUGCUGAGGGGAGGCACUGCGUACAUUCUGUCUGCAGCCGAAGCAGAGACCCACUCCAUCCAGGACGUAGUGAUGCCCCUCCCAGGGUUUGACGUCAUCUACCCCACUCACCACGUGGGUAAGGGCUACAGGGAGAUGCUCAGUGCGGACAACCUGGACAUUGACAACAUGAGACACAGAGUGAAGGACUACUCUCUGGCCGGGGCCUACAGACGCAUCCUCAUCAAACCCAGUGAUGUCAGCUGGGAAGUGAUUAAUUAUGAUGACCAUCGAGUGUCCCUGGUCCACACUGAUGUGGAGAAACUUGAGAAUCAACCUGCCCCAGUCUUUAAUAAAGAGGGGAAGUACAGGGCUCUGGGGAUGGAGUUCUCCUUGCCACCCUCCACCUAUGCCACCAUGGCCAUCAGAGAGGUUCUCAAGAUGGACACCAGCAUCAAGAACCAGACUCAGCUCAACACCAGUUGGCUCAACUAACACAGAACAGCAAAGAACUGAACUGGCGUUUGUUCACCACGUCAGAAAUAUAAUUAAUUAAGCCGAGAAGACACCCCCCCCGGACCUGACAAUCAUAUCUGGUGUACACGAUACAUAUCUGUGAAUGUUCUGUAUCGUAACAAGUUCUGAACAGGCCCUUUGGUAUUCCCACCUUUAUUGGACUGCUUUUACAGGCUGCCCAGCAGGCUGCUCGUGUAUGUGUCUGUGUGUUGGAGCCAACAUGUUGCCAACCCAGAUGUCACUCAGCAUAUGUCAGUGAUUGGGUAUCUUACCUCACCCUACCCAACCAAGAGCAACAACUUAUUUGUUACUACUUUGCUUUGGUGUAUUUUUUUUAUCAGAACAUUAUUUACUUAUUGUUUUAAAGCGUUUCGGUUCAGAAUAAACUUGGAGAAGUGUUUUUUUUUCUUUCUUCAUCGACUGAUGUGCUUCAGAAGCAUGUAUGUAGUUUGUGUACCAAUGGUGAUUUGUGGGAAUCUGACACUAGGACUUGAGUGGGUGAGGUAACUGGCCCCUAAGACUUUAAAAAUGGGACGCCCUGCUAUUUUCCAGGCUACUACCAAGAAUUUUACCCUGGUUAUACAGAGCUGUUUGCUUUUUAACUGUAAACUGUUUAAAACCUCUCACAGAGAGAAUUAAAACUUGGUGAAAAUGG